CAGAAAGCUGGAGCUGAACUUUCUGUGUAUAUGAAAACAGCCUGAAAACAUGGCCAGUAAAAUCCAGAGUCUGACUGAAGAGGAGAGGACCCACCUACUCCCCCUACUGCGUAAUGCUCAGUGGGUGGAGGUUGUGGGACGGGAUGCCAUUUACAAAGAGUUUGUUUUUAAAGACUUUAAUCAGGCUUUUGGUUUCAUGUCCAGAGUGGCUCUACAAGCAGAGAAGAUGGACCAUCAUCCAGAGUGGUUCAAUGUCUAUAAUAAGGUCCAGAUCACUCUCAGCACACAUGACUGUGGGGGGCUGUCCCAGCGUGACAUCACUCUGGCCACCUUCAUUGACCAAGCAUCUCUGAUGUGAGCAGCACAUUACCAUUAAUUUCAGUAGUGAAAGAUGAAGCUCAUUGUAAAUUAAACAGAGCUCAGAUAUGACCUGAAAAACCCAGAGAACCUGAAGCAAUUGCUUUCAAUUUAUUGAGAAUAAUGUAGCUGUCUGUAAAGGGACCAGUGUGUUUUUCACAGUGUUGUUGGUUUUGCACAUGUGGAAUAAACAAGAUUAUUACGCAGAGCAAAUAUGGGAAAGACAUGUUUAGACCUCGUCUGAAGUCAAGUAAUUUCUCAGCAACCAUUCCAGUUAAUACAAAGCUAGAGGCUUUUGAAACAAAAAAAAACCCAGAUCAUUAACUCCUCCUCUGAUUGAAUACAUUUUACUGAACACACAACAGUGUAGACCAUCUCUGAACAAGGUUAAAACUGCUGUGAAUGGAUUAACAGGGUUUUCUAUUGAUCUUUUGCUAAGAGAAACUUAAAACUGAUCAGUUAAACACAGGGACAUUCUGGCUUGAGCAGAGUUGACAAAACUCCUAACAUUCAGGACCUUGCAUGUGAUGACAAAGUGUACAUUCAUUACACUGUAAUACAACCCAGUUCUUCAGGAACAAGUUAGUGCUUUUGACAGGACAACAUUACAAGCCUGAGCUUACAGAGCAGUGAUGUCACCAAACCCCUGAGGAUAUUAGAGAAGACAAACUGUUAAGACAUCACGAGUUCAAACCUCUGAAGGCACAGAGAUAAAUGCUCAUUAUUACUACAUAAUACCACCAAACUACAACACGAGCCAGGUCAGUGUGUUUUUGAACUGAAAAUCUGUUACACCGUGUGCUCACUUAAAUUUAACUGCUUCAACAGGAAUUUGCAUUCAAUGUUUUAUUCAAAAGACAUUUCUUGACCGUUCAAUUGCCAAGAUCUUUGGGGACAUUUCUCCAAAGCAAACACAGUGAGUCACUGGAAACAUCUUUUUUGCACAUGCGUGGUUUUCCACAACCUGUCACUGGGUGCAGGAUUUUUAAGGGUGGAUGGGCAGACAGAUGAUGAAAUGAGCUUCAUUUGGUAGAGGGGGCGUCUGUGAUCAGUCUUUUAGGCACUGAUUAAAAGGUGGAAAAAAUCCCGGCAUGUAUAAGAUCCUAAAAACAUUCAUGUCUUAUCUCUUAAAGACUGCUAAGUAAGUUAUCAAAAACACUCACAAAUGAAGAUCAACACUCAGUGGUCACACAAAUGGUUAAAUUACACCACCAAGACCGAUAUGCUUCUAAAGACUCGUCCUAAACAUUAUUAGUGCAUUCCCCUUGGUUUUACUUCAGUCAUUACAUUCAUAAAAAAGAAAAGUUACACACUGCACAAACAUUGAAAUAAUGUCAUGGAAAUACACAAUUUUAAC